AUGUCCAGCAUUCCGGGCCGCCUCGGGCGGUACAACGUCGCCAACAGGCUUUACAAGGCCUCGUUACUGAACACUGUGUGUUUGGUCGCCGGUGUUUCAAUCUUCUUUUUUGGCUAUGACCAAGGACUGAUGGGAGGAGUCAACACCGCGCGGGAUUAUGCCGAGCUCAUGGGUUUCGGCCAUUGGGACGAAGACGAACAAAUUGUCGUGGUAGACAAGCCGUUGCUGCAAGGUGGAAUUUCAGCUGCUCAGAAUGCGAACUGGAUGUUUUGUGCUCGAGUCCUCAACGGCAUCGGCACCGGCAUGCUAAACGCUAUCACGCCUGUCUGGGCAACUGAAAUCGCCUCCCAUACUUCACGAGGCAUGUUCGUGGCUAUGGAAUUUACGCUGAACAUUUUCGGUUUCUUCAGCGGCACAUCAAAGUACAAGGACCCUACGUCUUCUUUCAUCUGGAGAUUCCCGAUUGCGUUUCAGAUUGUCCCUUUGAUUGCUCUAUUUCUCAUGAUAUGGUUCAUGCCCGAGUCGCCACGAUGGCUCGUGAAAGUGGGGCGUGAGGAAGAGGCCCGUUUUAUUCUUGGGAGACUCCGUGGUAAUGAAGGUGAAGACGGUGAGCUCGCCGAGGCCGAACUUCAGGAUAUCAUCAACAUCAAAGCUUUGGAACAUGAUACUGCCAAGCAGCAGAGCUAUAUUGCGAUGUUCUUUGGCUGGGGCUCCGGAAAGUUGCACACGGCUCGUCGCGUGCAGCUUGUGGUUUGGCUGCAAAUUCUUCAGGAGUGGGUUGGCAUUGCCGGCAUCACAAUCUAUGGGCCUACGAUCUUUACCAUUGCCGGUAUAAGCUCUGAACAGCGCCUUUGGGUUAGCGGUGUCAACAACAUUACUUAUAUGGUACUCCUUCUUCCAACGAUCUUCGAGAAACUUAACGAGAAAACCCUCUACCUCUUCGGCGCCGUUAAUGUCCUCUGCAUCGUUAUCGUUUGGGCACUAUAUCCAGAGUCCAACCAGCGCACUUUGGAGGAGAUGGAUCUCGUUUUUGCCAGCGAUAGCAUCUGGAACUGGGACGCAGAGAAGAAAUUUGCUGAGCUCAAGGCUGAGAAUCCGGCCUUGGUUCGUGCAGCAAAGAAAGGUCACCCGAUCGAUCACGCGGAGGCGGGUGUUGUGUCAUCCUCUCCAGAGACGCCCGACAAAGUCAUUUGA